ACGAUGCAGAAAACGAUUGCGAUGACGGCGAAGAGGUUGCUUCACCGGAAUCUUCUGGAAAAAGGUAAACCUAGAAGUACUUCUCCUUCGUUUAGCCAUUGCGUUUUCUGCUGUCGCUGGGUACGAUCUUUCACUAGCGUGAUUGAUUUCCGAGAGAGAUUGAGCAGAAAUCGGCUUCGUGACAUUAAGCUAGACGAUGCAAUCGAUUUGUUCAGCGACAUGGUCAAGUCUCGUCCCUUCCCUUCCAUUGUAGAUUUCAAUAGAUUGUUGAGCGCCAUUGUCAAGAUGAAGAAGUAUGAUGUUGUGAUCUCUCUGGGGAAGAAGAUGGAAGUUUUGGGAAUUCGAAAUGAUGUCUAUACAUUCAAUAUUCUGAUUAAUUGUUUCUGUAGCUGCUUUCAAGUCUCUCUCGCUUUAUCUCUUCUUGGCAAGAUGUUGAAGCUUGGUUUUGAGCCAGAUAAAGUCACGCUUGGGUCUCUUGUGAAUGGAUUCUGUCGUAGGGAUAGGGUUUCUGAUGCUGUAUCUCUGGUUCAUAGAAUGGUGGAAAUAGGAUAUAAACCUGACAUUGUUGCGUACAACACGAUUAUUGAUAGUUUGUGCAAGACCAGACGGGCCAAUGAUGCUCUCAGCAUUUUCAAGGGAAUUGAAAGGAAAGGAAUUAGACCGAAUGUUGUUACCUACACUUCUCUCGUGAAGGGUCUUUGUAAUUCAGGUAGAUGGAGAGACGCUGCUCGGCUGUUGAGUGAUAUGAUCAAGAGGAAAAUUAGUCCUAAUGUGAUUACUUACAGCGCAUUGGUCGAUGCAUUUGUGAAAAAUGGGAAGGUUUUAGAGGCUAAAGAACUCUACGAGGAGAUGAUCCGAAUGUCUAUCGACCCUGAUAUUGUCACUUACAGUUCGUUGAUCAAUGGGCUUUGUAUGCACGACCGUAUUGAUGAGGCCAGUGAAAUGUUUGAUUUGAUGGUAAGCAAAGGUUGUUUCCCAGAUGUAGUGAGUUAUAACACUCUUAUAAAUGGGUUUUGUAAGUCAAAGAGAGUAGAGGAUGGGAUGAAACUCUUCCGCGAGAUGUCUCAAAGAGGAUUGGUCAGCAAUACAGUCACUUACAACACUAUUAUCCAAGGGUUUUUUCAAGCAGGGGAAGUUGAUAUGGCUCAAGAUUUUUUUAGUCAGAUGGAUUCUUUUGGUGUGUCUCCUGAUAUUUGGACCUAUAACAUUUUGUUAGGUGGUCUUUGUGACAACGGGGAGCUAGAAAAAGCAUUGGUGAUAUUUGAAGAUAUGCAAAAGAGAGAAAUGUAUCUUGAUAUUGUUACAUAUACUAUCAUCAUCCAAGGGAUGUGCAAGAAUGGUCAGGUUGAAGACGCUUGGGGUUUAUUUUGUAGCCUAAGCCUCAAAGGAGAAAAACCUGAUGUUGUAACAUACACUACAAUGAUGUCAGGCUUGUGUAGGAAAGGCCUACAUUGUGAAGUAGAUUCAUUGUAUACAAAAAUGAAAAGAGACGGGCUUAUGCUGAAUGACGGUACACUAUGUCUUAGAGAUGGUGACAUAACCGCAUCGGCUAAACUUAUCAAAGAAAUGUUGAGCUGUGGCUAUGCACCGUCUUUACUUGGAGACAGAGAAUCUGGGCGAUGCAACAAAGUUGUGUCUCUCUUGUAAAUUGUUACUGCAGUUGGGUUUUGUCUUGCAAAUUCCUCUGUUUCAGUGGUGUCACUCACUGGCACUCGGUAAUUCUCUAAAUUGAACGGAGAGAUCCUCAAUUGCUUCAUCCAAGCAUUGAUUGCCUUGUUCAGUCGAUUCUUAUUCAAUGGCAAAUGCAUUUGGAUUCUUCACGUAUUCUUCAGUCCUUGUUGGAGAUUCUGGAUACGGUUUUUCAUUUUCAAAGGGAUUACCUAGAAGAUUUUUGUGCUCCGGCAUCAGCAGCACCUCGGUCGGCAGUGCUGAUAAGCAUGGUUCAUCAUCUCCUUUUUAUCUCGACACAAAAGGUGCUGAAGAGCAAAGGAAUGUAGGAACGGAGGAAUGUAUUUGGUUACCGGUUUCUCAAGCUUAUCAAGAAUUCAUGACUUCUUGCUACGCUCAUACUGAUAAGGAAUGUUGGAGAAAUGCGCUGCCAGAGGUUAUUUCAUAUUUAGCUAUUCGUUGGAAAGUGAAAAAUAAACAAAGUCAAUGACAAGUUUUGUGUAAAUAUAAGAAAAAGGAUGAUACGCGGGUAAGUGUAGAAGAGGUUACAAGUAAAGAAAAUGAUUCCACUUUUGGUUUGGUUUUGUUCCUUCUGGUGUAGUUUGACAAUUUACCGUUGAGAAGUAAAGGAAAACCUAAUCGAUUCCGUUUCUCUUAUCUGUUUUGAUCAAAGGUCAAUUCUAGUCAUAUUGUAUGCCUAAAUUUGGCUUUUUGACAAAGUAUAUUAUAUUC